UAGGUUUAGAAAAUUAAAAAUGUUUGCAGAAAAUGCUUUUGAAGAUGCAUUAAACGAAUUAGACAACCCAAUACUUGAAAACUAUGAACUUUUUGUUCAAUUUUCGGAUGUAAAAAUAUAUCGAAAAAUCGAAGAGAGUUCUGGAUUGUAUGAAUACAAGGUGAUAGGGAUUAUAAAUUGCGACACAGAAACUUGUCAAAAAGUUUAUAUGGAUCUAGAGUAUCGUAAGCAUUGGGAUACUUAUGUCAAAGAACUUCAAGAAAUAUGUUGUAAUGACUUUUCAGUAAUAUACUGGAAUGUCAACUUUCCUUUUCCACUUGCUAAUAGAGAUUAUACAUUUAUUCGGGAGUGCAAAAGAGUUGAUAUUGGUGAAAAGCAAACAUGGAUAAUAUUGGCACAAAGUUAUGAAACAGAAUCAAUUCCACCUAAACCUAAAAUUGUUAGAGUUGAAAAUUAUCGUCAAUUUCUUAUUAUUCAAGAACAUGAAUCUAAAACUAGAGUUUUUAUGCAUUAUUUUGACAAUCCUGGUGGAUCUAUACCAACUUGGCUCAUAAACUGGGCAGCAAAGGUAUUUUUAAAAACUGGAAAAGGUGUUCCUUCAUUUCUAUCAGAUAUGGAAAAAGCAUGUCAUGGUUAUAAGCAAUACUUAUCAAAUAAAGACAAAUAACCAUAAGAUAAAAAGAAAUAAGUUUUUUAGUUUUAACAGUCAGUCAGUUAGUUUUGUUAACUUAUUUGAUUGCUUUUGUUUUGAAAUAUAUAAUUGGCUUAUAUACUUCAAUUUCAAAAAAAAAAAGCAUUUAUAUAUUUUACAAUGUUUGAUAUUUUGCUGCAUUUUUUUAGUUUCACUGCUUAUGUAUUUUUAACUGCGUUUGUAUAAUUCACAACAUUUUUAUAAUUCACUGUAUUUGUGUAUUUUUAAAGUUAUUUGUAUAUUUCACAGUAUUUGUAUAUUUCACUGUAUUUGUAUAUUUCACUAUUAUACUUUUUAAUAUAAUAUAUAUAAAUUUUUUUAAUAAUCAGGUGUACAAUAAGUCUAAAUAUCUAUGAUAUAUUUUAAAAUAUGUAGAAAUAUUUAUUUUAAAUGUUUGUUUUAGAAUUUUAAAUUUAAUUUAAAUAUUGAAUGGCAAUAAUAUUCUUUUUGUUUUCUAAAUGCUUUUUUUUUUAUACCUAAUAAAACUUUUUAUAUAACUGAGUUUUUAAAUAAUUUUUACGAUGAAGGUUCUAAGUUCUUAUCUAAAAGUUAAAUUAAUAAAAACAAUAAAAAUUAAAUAAAAAUCUGACUGUGAAAUUGUGUUUUUGUAGAUUAAGUAAAAUUGAAUUAAGAUUAAAUAAUUGUUAUUGAGAAAUAGAAUAAUGUUUGUUUAGCAAUAUCUGUUAUCCCUAUUUUUAAAAAUUUUAGAGAGCGAUCUGAUUU